AUUCAGCAAGCCCCACCUGCCCACCAUAUAUAAUCGAGGACUGGUGUAUGAGAUAAGGUAUCAACCAGAGAUAGCCGUUAAAGACGUCAUGAUAAGUCUCUCUCUUCCUUCCCCCGCUUCUUCACUUAUACUCAAAUCCAACCAUCCUUCCCCCCAAAGAAUCACCAGCAAUCUCCCUCGCAAAACCCUUAAUUUUGAAACUCUCAAGGACACUUUGAUCAGUCAAGCAAAUGUGGGCCACAUCAAGGAAGCAAUCUCGAUCCUCGAUUUCAUGUCUAAGAAUAGCUUCACACCAGACCUCACUGUCUACUCUGUACUACUCAAGUCCUGCAUUCGGACCCGGAAUUUUGAUCUGGGUCGAGUUGUGCAUUCCAGACUUGUGGAGUCCAAACUUGAGUGUGAUUCAAUUGCAUUGAAUUCGCUGAUCAGCCUGUACGCGAAAUGUGGGGAGUGGGAAAGGGCUGAGGAAAUUUUUGAAAGUAUGGAGGGAGAUAAGAGAGAUUUGGUUUCGUGGAGCGCGAUGAUUUCGUGCUAUGUGCGCAGUGGUUUGAAUUUACAGGCGAUUAUGACGUUCUUUGAAAUGGUGAAAUUUGGGGAGUACCCGAACGAAUUUUGCUUUUCGGCAGUGAUUCAAGCUUGUUCCAAUAAAGAAUAUGCGUGGGUUGGGGUGGUAAUUUUAGGUUUUGUGUUGAAAACUGGGUAUUUUGAAGCUGAUGUUUGUGUUGGGUGUGCGUUGAUUGAUUUAUUUGCGAAGGGGUUCAAUGAUUUGGAGUUAGCAAAAAAUGUGUUUGAUGAAAUGCCAGAGAAAAAUUCUGUUUCGUGGACAUUGAUGAUUACGAGAUGUUCCCAAUUGGGGUUACCGGAGAAUGCAAUUGAGUUGUUUAGGGAUAUGGUAUUGGCUGGGUUUACACCUGACCGGUUUACAUUUAGUAGUGUUUUAUCAGCUUGUUCUGAAUUGGGGUGGUUGUUUCUUGGGCAGCAACUGCAGUGUUGGGUCAUCAAGAAUGGGUUAUGUUCUGAUGUUUGUGUUGGGUGUAGUUUGGUGGACAUGUAUGCAAAGUGCUCCGUGAAUUCCUCAAUGGAUGAUUCAAGGAAAGUUUUUGAUCGAAUGCCAGAACACAAUGUCAUGUCUUGGACAGCAAUCAUCACAGGGUAUGUGCAAAAUGGAAGCUUUGAGAAGGAAGCUAUUGAGUUGUAUUGUAGGAUGAUGAUAGAAAGUAGAGUGAAGCCGAAUCAGUUUACAUUUGCUAGUGUUUUGAAGGCAUGUGGGAAUCUUUUUAAUGCGGAUUUGGGUGAACAGAUAUACAAUCAUGUAGUGAAAUUGGGUCUUGCAUCAGUUAAUCUUGUUGGCAAUUCUUUGAUUAGCAUGUAUGCUAAGACUGAUAGGAUGGAAGAUGCACGAAAAGCUUUUGAAUUUUUAUUUGAGAGGAAUUUGAUUUCUUAUAAUGCACUUAUUGAUGGUUAUGCUAGGAAUUCGGAAUCUAACGAAGCUUUUGAGCUUUAUACUCAUAUUGAUGGUUCAAGAAUUGGUCUUGAUGCUUUUACAUUUGCAAGUCUCUUGAGCGGAGCUGCAAGUGUUGGAGCAGUUGGUAAGGGAGAGCGAAUACACGUUCAAUUGCUGAAAUCCGGGUUUGAGUCUAACCAAUGUGUUGCUAAUGCUUUGAUUUCUAUGUAUACCAGGUGUGGUAACAUAGAAGCUGCAUUUCAAGUUUUCGAACAAAUGGAAGAUCGGAAUGUGAUAUCAUGGACUUCCAUAAUCACAGGCUUUGCUAAACACGGAUUCGCCAAAAGAUCUUUGGAAUUAUUCAAGCAAAUGCUUGAUUUUGGCGCAAAACCGAAUGAGGUCACUUAUAUUGCUGUUUUGUCAGCUUGUAGCCAUGCAGGUCUAAUUGAUGAGGGAUGGAGAUACUUCCAUCUGAUGUACAAAGAACAUAGGAUACAUCCGAGAAUGGAACAUUAUGCAUGCAAGGUUGAUUUGUUAGGUCGCUCGGGAUUUCUAGAAAAGGCCAUACAAUUCAUCGAGUCAAUGCCUUUUAUGGCUGACACUCUGGUUUGGCGCACAUUGCUUAGUGCUUGUCGAGUCCAUGGCAAUGCAGAACUUGGCAAAGAUGCAGCAGAGAUGAUUCUUGAGCAGGAUCCAAAUGAUCCAGCAGCUUAUAUUUUAUUAUCAAACUUGUAUGCUUCAAGUGGUCAGUGGGGGAAGGUGGCAAAAAUCAGAAAAUGUAUGAAAGAAAGAAAUUUGGUUAAGGAGGCAGGGUGCAGCUGGAUGGAAGCAGAAAAUAAGGCUGUUGCGGAAGCUCUCUUGAAAGAUUUUCAAAUCGAUGAUUUUCGGACUCAGUCCAACUAUGAUCGCCCUCACAAUACAAUAAAGCAUGUCUACAGGCAAAUUGAUUCCCACAAGCAUUCUGCCAGCAGGGUGAAUAAAUCAAUAAUAAGAAUAACAACAAAAGAUGAGGGGAGGGAGAAACACAGAGACAGGGGGCAGAAGAAGAGGGGAAAGAACGAGAGCUGUAGCCAAUUUUAUUCAAUCAAUUCAUUAACUGCCAAUUGCAAUGUAAAAAUAGGUUUAACUACUGAAAAUACUGAAAACCUAAAAAAACCUGAAAGAUAG